GUAAUGGCACAAACUGGCACGAAAUCGAAAAAGUGUGUGGUACCACUGGAGUCACUGAUGAAGACAAUGGAGAGGAUGAUGCGUCAAAGGAGGCAACAGCGAAAGAAGGCGCAGAGGAAGCAGCAGCGGACGAAGGCGCAGAGGAGGCAGUAGCGGAUGAAAGUGCAGAGGAACGGCAGCAGACGGAAACGCAGAGGAGGCAGCGGAUGAAGGUGCCGAGGAGGCAGCGGAUGAAG